AUGGAGAUCAGUCCGGCGAUCAAAGAAAAUCUCGAGCAGUUCGUGCAACACAUCAAUCUGAGUCGAAUGGUCUUCUCUGCGGAGGAGCUGCAAAGUUUGAAAGCGUUGAUCGACAUGAAGAUCAACAUGAUUAAUGAGAAGCGAGAGAUUUUGGAUGUUUUCUUUCCGGAAGACGGAGUGAAGCGGUUUGUUCGCAAGGGGGAGUUUUUCGCAGGAAUGAUGAACGGAAAGGGAGAGUACAUCGACUAUGAUCCUCAGCGAAAUGUGGGUGUUUACUACGCAGGCAGCAUGCAAAACGAUCAGAUGAACGGUCAGGGCACGUGCUGGGAGAUUUAUUCGGAUCGAUCGGUGGAACUUUGUGGAGAAUGGAGGCAGAAUCAGCUGUGGAACGGAGAGAAGAGGAGUCGAUUAUGCAAUGGAACCACGAUCGUAGCGAAGGUUUCGAAUGGAAUUCCAGACUUCAGUUAUGUGUUCAAUCAAAAUCAAAAGCUGGUGUAUGUGGGAGAGCUCGUGAAUGAUGAGAAGGAGGGAAUCGGGGAAGAGAUCAAUCCCGAAGGAGAAACGAUAGAGUAUAUUGGGAGGGAAGAGAGAGGGAUACGGAACGAGCUUUGA